AUUAUCAAUUUCCAAUGUGUUCCUCUAUCUCUUCAUAUACUAUGAAAAUAUUGGUUCUCUUGUUCAUUUUAAUUGGCUUGACAAAUUCAAGAAUAUAUAGUGCAAGUAUAUUUGGAUAUCCGGGAAGUUUUAAUGUCCUGGAUUAUGGAGCUGCUGCUGAUGGCAUUACUGAUGAUUCUCAAGCAUUACUUAAUACUUGGAAUGAUGCAUGUUCAUCCUCAGCUGGAUCUCCUCAAGUGAUUAUUCCUCCAAAUAUGAUAUUUUUACUUAGCCCUGUGACACUCACAGGCCCCUGCAAUUCAGUGAACAUCUAUUUUGUGAUAUCCGGUAGUCUUGUUUCACCGAGCUCACCUAGUGUAUGGACCGGGCAAGACUCGAGUCAAUGGCUAGCUUUCAGAAACGUUAGCGGUCUAGUUGUUGAUGGCUCAGGAACCAUUGAUGGUCAAGGAAAAGGAUGGUGGGAUCAAUCAUGUAGAUACCACCCUGAAAUGGAAGGAUGCACAAGAUUAGCUCCAACUGCGUUGAAGUUCAUUCUUUGCAGUCAGAGUUCCAUCAGUAACAUGUACUUUGCAAACAGUGCGCAAACUCAUAUACUUAUAGAGAGAUGCAAUGGUUUCAACGUGAACAAUGUAAUGAUUCAAUCUCCAGGAAAUAGUCCAAAUACUGAUGGAAUUCACAUUCAAUCUUCUCAAAAUGUGGCCAUUACAAAUUCUAAAAUUAGCAGUGGAGAUGAUUGCAUUUCAAUUGGAGAUUACUCUUCUAAUAUCCAAAUAUACAACAUUCAAUGUGGACCAGGUCAUGGUAUAAGUAUUGGAAGCUUAGGAAAAGGUGGUCAUUCUGCUCAAGUAGAGAACAUUCAUGUGAACACUGUUUUCUUCUAUGGAACUACAAACGGAGCUCGUAUCAAGACAUGGCAGGUUGGCAGAGGCUAUGUCCGAGAUGUCACGUUUGAGAAUCUUCAAUUCAACUCUGUCAAGAACCCCAUCAUAAUUGACCAGAAUUACUGUGAUGUUCGAGGGGCUUGCAAGGAAAUGGGAACUGGAGUGAAAAUCAGCAAUGUUGUUUACCAGAACAUAUACGGAACGUCGAGCACGGAUAUCGCGAUAAAUUUAAACUGCAGCAUGUCUGUGCCAUGUACAGAUAUAACAAUGCAGCUUAUACAACUAACACCAGCAACACCAGGAAGGCAAGUUAAAGCUUAUUGUAGGAAUGCUAAUGGCCAAGAAUAUGGAAUCGAACCCGGUCCUUGUCUCUCUGGAGUUUGAGAUUUUACUUCUCUCAGAAUUCUUUGUUGUGUGCAUAACUUGAAAAGCAGAGGAAAAGUGAAACAAAAUGAAGAA